AGGGUGUAUACUCUCCGACUUGGAUUAUGUUGCAAGUGGGAGGGUUUUCUGGGUAGUUGCAUACAUCCUUGUUAAAAAAAAAAAAACCUGUGGGCACCUCCCUUUCAGGUAACUUUUCCCACUCUGGGACUUGAGAGCAGCAACAGAAGUUCUCAGCAGAUCUCAGAGCAAUUCCAAAAUGACAGAGUCAGCUGAAGCAGUUGCAGCCGAUGUGGCCAGCAAGAGAAGUGUUACCGUCGAAAUCUCAAAUAUCACUAACAACUACUGUCUCAUCAACCCUAGGGUUUACCUCGACAAUGGGGAGACAUACAACCCACCUCAACCCACAGUGCGCCCUCUAAAGACUGAGGUCUGCACUUUCACCAAGUCCAGCGGUAAAGCAACCGGCAGCAUUGGUGUCCUGACCUAUGACCUUUUUGAGAAGUCACAGAAUGACUACAUUGAGACUCUAGCCAUCAUGUUCUCAGUUCCCUGGGACUACAACCUGUACAAGAACUGGUUUGCAGUGGGAAUCUAUAAAAAGGGCCGUAACUGUGAUAAGGAUUUGUUCAAAGAAAUGUACUACGAGAAGAAGCAGCAAGAGCAUGGGUUUGUCAGGGAGGAAGCCACUGGGUCAGGUAUCAAUUAUGUGGGCAGCUACUUAGAUAUCAAGGCCACCAUGUGCCCGCUGGGCAAAUCCAUCAUGAAGGUAGAGGUGUGGGAUAAGCUUUUCACACCCAUGGGUCAGCAAGCGUACUAGAGACCCCUCCUAACAAGUGUCCCGUGCUGCAGAAUUCAUCCCUCCAUCUCAAGCUUUUCCCUGGAAGACAGUUUCUAAUACAGUCAACACGCAUGAUUUAACAGAUGUAUUGUUGCUGACAUGUGUCUGUAUACCUGGGUAUUACCCUUCAGUAAAUCUGCUUAAGAUCAGAGUUUAGUUUGUUUAUAUAUCCAGGCAGCAAUAACCCCCCCUUUUAUAGCCAAAGUCUCUGUCUAUUUCAAUAGCAUCCGGUUUUAAAAUGGUUUCUUUAGAAAUGAAAAUCAAAGGAUGACUCACCAGAGGACGAGGGCUCAUAGCUUAAUAAAACAUACUGAGAGCUUGUCUGUAUUUACCUUGACACUGUAAUAAAAUAAACCCUUUUC